AUGUCCUCAGCUGGUAGUUCUGGUAAAACUACAAGAAAAAAUGCUCUGGGACAAAUAUUAGAUCCGGGAUGUGAACAUGGGGUUGAGGAUGGGACUUCAAAAAAAGUGAAGUGUCGAUAUUGCAACACUUCCCAUUCUGGGGGUAUUUAUCGGCAUAAACAUCACUUGGCUGGCACUCAUUUAAAUGUUGAGCUGUAUCCACAAGUGCCCGAAGAAGUGAGAACACAAUUUCAAAAAAUUCUUCAAGCUCAUACAGAGGAAAGUCAAAAGAAGAAGAAACAAAACUUAUAUGAUGUUGAUAUCGAUGAUGAUGAUAGUGAAUGUAUAGCCUUAGAACAAUCAAAGAAGCGGAAACAAGGUGGUGCACUGGAUGAAUUUGUAACAAAGAAUUCGUCACGGCAAACAACAUUGAAUGAGAAAUUUAAAAAGGAAGAGAGAGAUGUAGGGUAUUACAAUAGCCCAUCGGGAACUAUCUUUUUGUCAUCCCGAGAUACUUCUGAUAUUUCAAAAACUGGCCAAAUGGUUUUUGAAAUGUUAGAUGAGAUUGUGGAAAAAGUUAGAGAAGAAAAUGUUGUACAAGUUGUGACUAAUAAUGCUUAUAACUACAAAUUGGCUGGAGAGAUGUUGAUGGAAAAGAGGAAAAAAUUAUUUUGGACACUUUGUGCCACUUAUUGCAUUGAUUUGAUGUUGGAGAAUUUUGAGAAAAAAAUUGAUAUGCAUAGUGAGACAAUUGAAGAUGGAAGGAUGAUUGUUUCAUACAUUUAUUUAAGGUGUAUGCUUAACCAUUGGAUGAAGGAAUUCAGAGAUGGUAAGGAGCUUAUUAGACCUGCAGUGACGCGAUUUGCCAUUUCUUACUUAACUUUGCAGCGUCUUAAUCAACUAAAAGGAGAAUUGAUGAAUCUUUUUACAUCCUCUAAGUGGAAGUCUAGUAAGUUUGCAAGGACACGUCAAAGGAAAAGAGUUGAAGGCGUGGCUUUCGACAAUCGUAACUUCUGGAUAAAUGUUGCCAAUUGUCUAAAAGCUGCAAUACCUCUUAUUAAAAUACUCCGAUUGGUGGAUUCUGAUGAGAGACCGGCUAUGGAAUUCAUUUAUGGAGCAAUGGAUCGUGCCAAGGAGGAAAUUAAGAAAAACUUCAAUGGCAUCAAAAAGUGGUAUGAACCUAUUUGUACGAUCAUUGAUGCAAGAUGGGCAUCUCAACUUCAUCAACCCUUGCACGCGGCAGCAUAUUUUCUGAAUCCCCAAUUCCAAUAUAGUCCAAGUUUCCAUUUAGAUGCAGAUGUGAAAAUGGGAGUUUAUAAAUGUCUCCAAAGAAUGGUUCCUGAUUCUAAUGAGAGACUAAAAAUUGAUUGCCAAAUGGACACAUUCAAAGCUGCAAGAUGGCUCUUUGGCUUAGAUAAUGCAAUAUUGACAAGGAGCAAGAAGUCUCCAGCUGAAUGGUGGGAUUCAUAUGGUGAUGAGUGCCCCGAGUUGAAGCGGUUUAUAAUUAGAAUAUUGAGUUUAACAUAUAGCUCUUUGGGAUGUGAAAGGAAUUGGAGUGCCUUUGAGAUGGUGCAUUCAAAAAGGAGAAACCAGUUGCAACAAAAGAAAAUGAAUGAUUUGGUAUUUGUUAUGUAUAACAUAAAAUUGAGGGAAAGGAACUUGAAAAGACAAGCCGUCAUAGAACUAAUUAUUUUUGAAGAUGUCUCUUCCGAUGAUGAAUGGGUUACCGAAAAAGAGGAUCCGAUCUUCCAACAAAAACUAAAUGUUGAGGAAAUUUAUGCAAUUGAUGAUAAUGAAGAUUUGAAACCAUUAAAUCCUAUUGAUGAAGCUAAUGAGGAAGAUGGUGAAGGGUUCAAUGAUGACUUUAUGGAUAUGUAA